GCCGCAGCAGGAAGGUUGGGAGAGGAGAAAGUCAUGUCCAUCCUUGUGCUGGAUCUAUGGCAGCUGGGCUCUGUGUGGAUUGUGAUGGAGCUGUGGAAGGAGUAGGUUCCCUUGGCUGGGGGUGCUGGAUGAUGAUGAUGCCCCUAUGGAUGCCAGUCCCGUGUCCUCUCUGAGAAGAAGGCUUGUGCUGCCUCUCUGCACCAUGCUCAUCCUCUGCCUCUAUAUGUUCUAUUCAUGCGCCGGAUCCUGCGCUUCCCUCCCCGCACAGCCCGGUCCUCUCUCCCAGCUACUGCUCCGUGCAGAGCCCCGGGGAUCGGAGGACGGGGGGUCCAUCUCCACCUUCUACAACGGGUCCGGGGGUAAGAAGCUGCCCCAGGCGAUCAUUAUCGGGGUGAAGAAAGGGGGGACCCGGGCUCUGCUGGAGUUCCUCAGGGUGCACCCCGACAUCAGGGCGGUGGGGGCCGAACCACACUUCUUUGAUCGGAACUACGACAAGGGACUCGACUGGUACAGGGACUUGAUGCCACGGACUCUCGAUGGCCAGAUUACCAUGGAGAAAACGCCCAGUUAUUUUGUGACCAAGGAGGCCCCGGCUCGUAUUUCGGCCAUGUCGAAGGACGCCAAGCUUAUUGUGGUGGUGAGGGACCCUGUGACUCGAGUCAUAUCGGAUUACACCCAGACGUUGUCCAAGAGGCCCGACAUCCCUACUUUCGAGAGCCUGACGUUUAAAAAUAGGACUACGGGUCUUAUCGAUAUUUCAUGGAGUGCCAUCCAGAUUGGCAUCUAUGCCAAGCACUUGGAGAACUGGCUCCAGUAUUUUCCUAUGAGCCAGAUCCUGUUUGUGAGCGGGGAGAGACUGAUCACCGAUCCCGCAGGAGAACUGGGGCGCGUUCAGGAUUUUCUGGGGCUCAAAAGGAUCAUUACAGACAAACAUUUUUAUUUCAAUAAGACUAAAGGUUUUCCUUGUUUGAAGAAGGCAGAAGGGAGCAGCAAACCCCACUGUUUGGGUAAAACCAAGGGCAGAACUCAUCCCAACAUUGCCCCUGAAGUGGUCCAGAGACUACGGGAAUUCUACAGGCCAUUCAAUAUGAAGUUCUACCAAAUGACUGGGCACAACUUUGGCUGGGACUGAAGGUUCAUCAGAGGUCCUAGCUUUGUGCGAAGUUAAACACAUGUUUAUAUGUGUGCCUGUAUAAAAUGUACAGAGAUCUAUUUUAUUAUAAUUUAUUUGUAAUUCCUAAGCAAUUAAUUCACUAAGCUGCCUAACCACGUGGUUUCUUGUUUGCCCAUAGUGUUAACAUUCCAUCAUGCAUAACCCUUGCAUCUAUGGAGAUCGGUAUUAAAGGGUUAUCCAUCCCCAUUUUACAUAUCUGUUAAUGGUGCUCUUGCUGCGGUCAUGUUUUGAGGGG